AUGGCUGCGGAAUCCUUGGAGCUCGUUGUGGUUGGAAAACUCAGUUUGGCCACUGAUGGUGAAGCAUUGAAGAAGUGCAUCGAGAAAGAGAGGAAAGCUCUUCUGUUGUUCAGAGAAGGCAUCUAUGCUGACUCUGGUAUGCUGUCGACAUGGAGGGACGGAGAUGAUGAAGGUUGUUAUAACUGGAAAGGAAUUCAUUGCAGCAACCAAACAGGUCACAUUCAAAUCCUUGAUCUCCAUGCUUCAGGUCCACUUUAUAUGGCUGGCACCAUUAACAUUACUUUGUUGAGUGAUUUGCAUGAUCUGAAACAUUUGGAUCUCUGUCACAAUUGUUUCUAUCCAUGUGACAUCCCUCAGUCCAUAGAGUCCCUCACCAACUUAAGGUAUCUCAGCCUCACUUAUUCUAAUUUUGUUGGAAGUAUUCCCAAGGAAUUGGGCAAGCUCUCAAAUUUACAAUAUAUUGAUAUGAGUUUCAGUGACUUGGAGGGAGCUAUCCCUUGGCAAAUCAAAAAUCUCUCCAAGUUACAGUACCUUGAUCUUGGAGAAAAUAAUCUUGUUGGAGUGAUUCCUUAUCAACUUGGGAAUCUCUCCAUGUUGCACACACUGCAGCUUGGUUACAAUAUGAAUCUCACAGUAGCCAAUAGAAAAAAUAGUGAUGCAGAGUGGAUAUCAAAGCUCUCUUUGUUAACAAAUCUUGACUUGAGUUAUGUGAGUGAUGUUGAUGUGGCUGUAGUUCAUAGUUGGUAA